AUGAGAGUAACAUAUGAUACACCAUGUCAUUUUAUUUGUAAGAAAUGUUUGAACAAGAAUUCUGAUCUUGAAGAGGCUGCUUCAAACUCUUAUCCUGAGGGUCAUCAACAUGCAUAUCAAGGUGAAAUCAAUGAUUUAGAGCAACAAGUGGUGCAUAAAACAAAGAGUGAGGCUAAGGAGGGUUUAGAAGAAGAAGAAAAAUUACCAAAGGUGGAUAAAAUAAAGGGAAAGAGGAAGACAAUAGAAUCUUUAGGAGAUAGUGAUGAUAAUCAUAGUAUUCAAAGGAAAGACAAGAAGCAGAAAAUAAUUUCCAAUGCUAGUAAUUCAAACAUUCAUCUUAUUCUCAAUGCACUUGACCAGAUGGAAGGACCUUCCAAUGCUAUACUGGAAGAAAACAACAUGAGCAAAACCACAAAUAGAACUUAUAAUUAUGCUAAGAAUAAUGAAGUUAAUCAUGAACUUGAUGAAAAUUCAAUAAUCCAAAUGUUUCAAUGA